AUGAUGUACAAGCAUACCAAGCCUGCCGGCCAGCGCAAGGUCUCGCCGCCGGGUCCCUCCUACAUGUCCAACGAUCAAGUUGACUCGACAGCAAACUAUCUCAAAGAUCUACGAACAAACCGACCAGCACGUCCCACAGGAUCUCGUCCCCUCCCUGGUAAAGCAGCAACAUCAACUUCGGAUCUCCAAGAUGGCCUGCCUCCACGCGCAGCGUCUGCCUUUUCCAUGUAUCGUCAGAAUACUCCGCCGGAAGAAGAACCUCGUGCUGGAAGCGCCUUAUCUCAUCGUCGCACAUCCUCCCAAACCGGCGAGAGCGGCCCAGUUGGACGUCCUCUGGCCCAGGAGCCACGAUCGGUGUCAGUGAGAAAGAAUGUCUUCCCAUCCCAAGUAUUCUCGCGUCCAGUUGCCGCAUCUCCCGUACCCUCGUACCGGGAGAGUGGCCAGCGCCGCCAUGAGAAAGAGGAAGCGCGCGAACUCCGUGAUGCUUUGCAAGAUAUGGACCUGUCCGAUGAUGUUCGCCUUCAUCAAGCCGCUCAAGAUGAAGCUACGGAGCUAGUGUGGAUGCACCAGAACCCUGGAAUGGCCUACAAAAACCCAUACGCGCCAUACCAGAACCCCGAUGCCAGCUCGCGGGGUACAUCCAUUCGAAGUCAGUCUCGAAAGAGCUCUGUCGGUUCUGCGAACCAGUUUCGCCAUUCGGUUGGGUCAAAUGGCUCUUCCAGUAACCCUUCCAGCCCUGAAUUUGCCGACGCGACUCUCAACUCGUCCACUCGGAGAUCCUCCCUUGGUGGGAACACCAAGAAGAACCGCCGCGUUAACUUUGCGCUACCCGGAGAAGAGCCUACUGCGCCCAGCGAUGUCAAUACCAACGCUCGUCCUCGACAGAUCAGUGGCGAUUCCUCCAAGGGUGUUUUUCGAAACCCUGACGACCAUAUCUAUGAAGAGCCCAUCGAUUCGGCCAAGGAAGUGGUCGAGCCUCGUCCAGAAUUCUCUCAAUCUGACUCUUCGGCUUUGCGUAAUAAACCGCGCAACGCUCUACCACGCGUCAUCAAACCGCUUCCCUGGCUACGAGACCGAAAGACUGGAGACUCGUCCGUGCGCGACCGAAUCUCUCAGUUCGAUAUCCACAAGAAUCCUCCAACCCAGUCUCGUAACCCUAGCUACAUGAAGAAUGAUCCUCUUCCCCCGACACCUCCAAGCUCCCGUGAGGAGACGGAAGAGGUACCCAUGAAAGAUGGCAAGGAGAUUCGUAGUGAUGACAUCCGUGCAGCAACAAGCAAGAAGCUCAAGGAUCGCAGUGAGAAAUUGCCCAUGCCAUCCGCCGUCAGUGACCGCAUGGGACGACCCAUUGUGAGCUUUGAUCCGAAAUGGCAGUCGAGUGAUCAGCCAAAGCCUGAACGAUGGAGCCCCAGUUCUCGCGGCUCGGCAUCGCCGGCUCCUGCAUCAGCACCACCACCAGUGCCCACAAUCGAGGUGGCUCCCAGCAUCGAGGUCACUCCAACCGUCGAGGUGACCCCCAGCAUUGAAGUGUCACAGCCGCCCCCGGUGCCCGUGAUCAAUGUUCCUGACAUUCAAGAGCCCACGAUCUCAGAGAUCGACGAGAGCUCUCGGCCCAAGGGCAAACCGACUUCGACGGGGCCGAGACAUCAACCAGCGUUCGGUCAAAGCAAACAGGCUUCCCCGGCCAGGCAAAACUCGGAUCCCCAGGGUCGCAGGUAUACCCCGUAUUCUCGCUCUGGUGUUCCAACCGCUCGUUGCGAGUCAUGCUCUUACUCUAUCUCUGGCAAGAUCGUCACUGCCGGAGGGUCACGAUUCCACCCCGAAUGCUUCAUCUGUUUCCACUGUCAUACACCCCUUGAGUGUGUGGCGUUCUAUGAGGAGCCCGCAGCAAGCAGGGCUGAAAGGCUUGAAAGCAACCCGGAGGGGGAGUCCCCCGUGCCUCGGUUCUACUGCCACUUGGAUUUCCAUGAGCUUUUCAGCCCGCGCUGCAAGAGCUGCAAGACGCCUAUUGAGGGAGAAGUGGUCGUUGCCUGUGGUGCCGAAUGGCAUGUCGGCCACUUCUUCUGUGCUGAGUGUGGUGAUCCCUUUGAUUCGAAGACCCCCUUCGUGGAGAAGGACGGUUUUGCCUGGUGUCUCAAAUGCCAUUCCCGUCGCACGGCCCCUCGUUGCCUGGGAUGUAAGCAGCAUGUUCUGGACGAUGUUGUGAUUACUGCCAUCGGUGGACAGUGGCACGAACGGUGCUUUGUCUGUCAUGAGUGUGGUGAUGGGUUCGGGCCUGAGGGCCGCUUCUUCGUCCGCGAGGGAGAGCCUAAGCGUACGGCCAAGGGCCGCAUCAUUGGCGGGCCUGUGCAACUCGCUAUCUGUGAAAGAUGUGAGGGUAUUCGCCUCAAAGCACCUGGGAUGUGUUGA